AUGCGACUUGAUGGACAACCUCUUCCCGCCGGUACCCCUGCUCGUGGAACUGUGCCAGUAUGGUUAGGGAAGAAAGCAAAUGAGGUUACCCUUGCCGAGGCCCAUCUCCUCCUCAGUGACUUUGGUGAAGCCUUCUCUCCUACUGAUUCCCAGCAGAAGCGACGUGGCGACCAGUGCCAUGCACCUCUAUCUGUCUUACCACCUGACGCCUAUUUUGAACCUGACAAGCCUCUUUCAUUUCCUACUGACAUCUGGACUCUUGCAUGUGCCAUUUGGUCUAUCUUUAGCUCGCGCCCACUCUUUGAUGCCACACUUGCCACACAUGACGACAUUUCAUCUCAGCAGGUGGAUAUCCUCGGGCCAUUGCCACUUGAGUGGUGGGACAGCUGGGAGGUACGUCAUGAAUAUUUUGAGGAGAGAGGAGAGCCAAAGAAGGACCGGUUUAUUUUCCCAUCUCUUGAGCAUUGUUUUGAAAAGGAGAUACAAGCGCCGCGAGACAAAAUAGGCAUGGGUGGAUUCGAUAGGGACGAGAUGGUGGCCAUCCUAACCAUGCUUCGCUCAAUGCUUGCAUUUAAGCCAGAAGAACGCGCCACGGCUAAAGCUGUUUUAGGUUCUGAUUGGAUGGUGACUUGGGGAUUGCCAGAAUUCGAGAAAAUCCGUCAGACAUAA